AUGGUGAUUCAGUUUUUCGACAACGGUUUUGUGGGGGUUGAGGAAGCCAAUGGGCCGGCUUUCGACUCCAGCGGCUGGCUGAAGACCGGCGAUCUCUGCUACUUCGACGGCGAUGGGAUCCUGUUCGUGCUGGACAGGUUGAAGGAGCUGAUCAAGUACAAAGCCUACCAGGUUCCACCGGCGGAGUUGGACCACCAGCUACAGUCGCUACCAGGAGUCGCUGAUGCUGCUGUGGUUCCGUACGUCCCUACCAGCGUAGCAACAUACAAGAAGAAGAUUCGCAGAGUUGGGUUCGCGAACUCGAUUCCCAAAACAGCGUCCGCGAAGAUCCUGAGGUCCCAACCGCGCAACCAUGUCGAGACUGUUAAGUGGCAGACUACGUACGACACAGUCCCAUGCAUCUUAUGCCAUCUCUAUGGAAUAUGA